GCAUGCCGCGUGCGGGCCGUGACGUGGCGGCGGCGGCGGAAGUGCGUGUGCGUGCCUGUGUGUUUUGGUCGGGGCAGAGGCGGCGGCGGAAGUCGGCGGCGGGCUGGGUGAGGCACCGCUGCGCCCCCGCCCCUCGCCCCCACCGAGGAGCCGCCUUCCCUCUUCCCCCUCCUCCGCCCACCGUGCCCCUGCUCACCCGCCAGCCCCGCCGGACGGUCGGACGGAGGGACAGACAGACAGACGUCGCUGCGCCACCGCCGCCCGGCUCCCUCUCCUCCCCUUCCCCUGAGUGCGGCCGCCGCGGCCCGGCCAGGUUGUUACUGGCAGAAGAAGCACUGCUGAGAAUCUGAAUCCUGGAACUUGCUUUCAAGAGCUUAAAACAAAGGACUUCUUUAUAAUUUGGGCAUGGCUAAUCGAGGAGCAACAAGACCCAAUGGGCCAAAUGCUGGAAAUAAAAUUUGCCAGUUUAAACUAGUACUUUUAGGAGAGUCUGCAGUUGGCAAAUCAAGUUUGGUGCUUCGUUUUGUAAAAGGACAGUUUCAUGAAUUUCAAGAAAGUACGAUUGGAGCUGCUUUUCUAACCCAGACUGUAUGCCUGGACGAUACAACAGUAAAAUUUGAAAUUUGGGACACAGCUGGGCAAGAGCGGUACCACAGUUUAGCACCUAUGUACUACCGAGGAGCACAAGCAGCCAUAGUGGUAUACGACAUCACAAACGAGGAGUCCUUUGCCAGAGCGAAAAAUUGGGUCAAAGAACUUCAGCGACAAGCAAGUCCCAACAUUGUAAUAGCUUUAGCAGGAAACAAAGCUGAUCUAGCUAACAAAAGAGCUGUGGAUUUCCAGGAAGCACAAGCCUAUGCAGAUGACAACAGCUUAUUGUUCAUGGAGACAUCUGCCAAAACAUCUAUGAAUGUAAAUGAAAUAUUUAUGGCAAUUGCAAAAAAAUUGCCCAAGAAUGAGCCACAGAAUGCAGGAGCCAGCUCUGCCAGAGGAAGAGGAGUAGACCUUACUGAACCCACACAACAACCCAAGAGUCAAUGUUGUAGUAACUAAAACAUCAAUUGCUUUAAACUGUUCUGAAUAUUCUUCUGCUUCCUAACUGUUAAUAACCAUGGAAUUGGAGUGCUUAACCUGGCCCAGCACAGCUUCCAAACAGCGAAGAGACUUAUAUGAUAAUAGUCAAGUUCAUGAUACAGAGUUUACUUUUGACCUAAAAUUUUAACAUGCAUGUAUCCAGCACUGGCUGUAAUGUGUCAGCAGUAGAGGAGAGAUGGAAGCCGAAUAAACUUCCUUCGGUUAAAAGGUUUUGAAAAAUCACUUACAUUAGGGCUGUAGAAGAACUACUUUCUGUGGACCUAAUUGGCCAGUUCCUGUAGCCUCAAUACUGAUUACUGUUAUAAUAAAUAGAAUUGGGUCUUUUUGUAAUUCUCAGUUGUGCUUUAAAACCUUUUUAGAAACAGGGUCUAAAAAUUGCAUAAACUUAUUCACAGUAUUGAUGCAACCAAUUGUUUCUGCAGGUAUCUACUGUUUAGUUAUACAUUCCAUAGUUUUAAUAAUUUAAUUACAAGUAAUAUUUGCAUUAACAAUUUUAAGAACCCUAUGCUUGCAGGAAAGUGGAGUUUUAGUUGGUACACUGUAUGUAAAUUAUACCAACCCAGUUACUUACCUAAAGGAAUUAGUGAUAAAUCAGGUUCAGAUUCAUUUCUGAUCUGUCCAGAGGGUACAGACCAGUAAAUUUAACUUCAUAGAAUCAUAGAAUGGUUUGGGUUAGAAGGGACCUUAAAGAUAAACUAGUUCCAACCCCCCUGGCAUGGGCAGGGACACCUCCCACUAGACCAGGUUGCUCAAGGUCUCAUCCAACCUGACCUUACACUGCCAGAGAGGAGGCAUCCACAGCUGCUCUGGGCAACUUUAUGACUUAAGAUUUUUUUUUUUUCUUCUACAAACUGUAAGAGCUCUUCAAGUAAAACCACAACAAACUUGGUGUCUGUGACUUCUUUCUUGUUUUUGAUCAUUGGUGGCCAUUACAGUUUGGUUUUCCCCAAAGGAAAAGAAAAAAUAUAGUGCACUAACAAUUACGUACAUCCAACUUGAUUUAAAAUUUGGAUAUUAAUGUACUGUAAAUAGGUACUCUGCAUUGUAGUCUACAUUUGUUUAAAACUUCCUGUAAUAUUUAAGAAUUGCUUAAAGGUAUACAGAAUGUACAGUUACUUAAAGCUAACUUUUUUCCUGUCUAAUCAAAGGGGGUUCUAAGUUUUCCUUUUUGGCUAGAGCAGUAAUGAAUGAUGCUCCUGUAUCUGUAACAUAAGUACUGCUGUCUGUCAAUAAUGAACUUUGCAACUUUGUUUUCCAAAGUACAUUUUAUUUUGAUCUGUCCAGUAUAUUGCACUAAUUCUUUUAGUUAUUUUCAUUAUAUGAAAUCGGUAUACCAAGUGUGUCAGAAGAGAUUAAUUAGUCUAUUUAAAUGUUGAACUGAUAGCAGAAACUUACAUGUGCAGAUUUUAAAUUUGCAGUUAUCUGGUUUAGCAAGGAAAAAUGACAGUUCACCAGUGUUUAGUUUUAUAUUGAGGUGCUCAGGUUUGAAUAAAGUGGUUUAAGAAGAAUAAAAAAAAGUUUUUGAAUACUGUUUCUUAUUGAGAGUUUCAGAAGGUUUUAUUGCAUUUGCACAGUUUCAGAAAAGAUGUCUGGUUUACUAUAUGGGUCAGCCUUUAAGAUGAUUGUAAAGUAAUUUUUGACACAGCUAAAUAUAAGCUUGUACUAUAUUUACUGUGGCACUCCACUUAUGAUAAAUUUUUAAAUGUUGACGUAAUUGGGGAUCUUAUCACAUCCAUUUAGAAGUAAAAUCAAAACAGUAAUGUUAUCUCUUGAACCUGCAGCUAAUGCAGUCUUUACCAGUUGUUCACUAAUGUAGCUUGCUGCGCCACUGUAGAGUGUCUCAGGGGUGACACUGCCUCUUCCUGCAGUUUGUGAAUCAUGAUUGGAGGGGUUUGGUUUUGUGUCCUCUUCAGACUCUGGUGGUGGUUUAGAACCCUCUGGUGACAGAGUCUUUGGCAGUUCUUGACCAGUGUAACUUGCAGGUUUGCUACAAAAUACGUUUGGGUCCAUUUCCUCUGGCAGUUGUGGACCUGAGGUAUAGUUACCUAAGCAUGUAUCUCUUUGGGGCUGUGUCAUGUCUUUAGACCCUAUUGCCAGGACAUUUUCUUGCAGCUGUUCAUGGCUGCAACUUGCAUCUCUCAGACAGACACUGUCAGUGUCUGUUUCUUCUUCCUCUGCAGUCUGAAAACUCUUAUAUUGGUACACUUUUUUGUCCUCAGACUGUUCGAGUUCUUCCAAGCCACCUUGUGUGAUAGAAUUGGACUGUUUUAUAUCUCUGUCCUGUGAAAUUACUUCAUUGUUACUGAAAAGAGACAGUUCUGAACCAGCUUGAUUUUUAUGAUCGUUUUCCUUGGGAGUUCCAUUUUCACUUUGCAAAUAGUUCUUCCAAGAACACUUUGGAUUAUCUUGUUCCAGGUUGCCUUUUGAGUCAGUGAGGAAAAUGUCUUCAUUGGAAUAUAGUAUGUCUGUUCCAUCUUGCAGCUCAUCAGCAGCCUCUGAGUUAUUUAAGUUGUCUUCAGUGAGGGGCAUCAAAUACUGAGACUUGCAUGGAGAGGCUGUGUUUUUCUGAACACAUUCGUACAUUCUUAAAUAAUGAGUGAAUGUUGCUAGUGUUAAUGCAAGUACUUCAUUGUAAUCCAAAACCUCCCAAAGUCCAUUAGAAGCUAAAAUAAGAAACUGACAAGUAUCAUCGAUACGGACAGACAUGGUGUGAGGUACAGGUAUAACAGAGCUUUUCAGAACCGGAUCUCCGUGAUGUCCAAGACCUCUUGUAGUUCUCAGGUGCCCCUCUACUAAUCCAUCUGGUUCAUUAGUGCUGAUGUUUCCACCAUUCUGAAGUAUUCGUUGUCUCUCACUUUCAUUGGAAGUGCUGUGCUCUUUUGAGAGGCAGUGGCUCUUACCAUUUUUACAUAAGACUGCAUGUGCAUUACCUAAAAUUGAGAUAAUAUUUUGAAUUGUAGCAUACUGAUUUUUUUUUUUAAGACAGUGCUGUUACACCAAUAGCCUUUUGCUAAGGACUGUGAAAAAGCUGAGGUCAUAGUUCAAUUAUCUGUGGCCACGGGCAGCACUGUCUAUCAAUGAACCUGGCUUUCCUUUACAGCAAAAUUUUCUGUUUUCUUCCUUCCCAUUACUCAAAAGACUGUUCCAGAACCUUAUUCUUUUGACUGCAACUAAACUCUUAGAGGGAGUCUUAAGUGACAUUUCAUUCAGCUUCAAGUACGAUCUGAUAGAAAUGUUGCAUCUUGUGGUUUUUUUUUUAAGCAAGAGUGCAUGUUUUUCUCAAAUAUACUUUUUGUUGUUGUUUUUCCUAGGACACAUGCUUUCAAAAUAUUUUGGUUGAACUCAUCAAGAACUUUCAGGUUUUCAGACUACUUCAAAUAUAAAAUUUCUAGUACCUGAAAAUAAUUUGGACAUUGUAUAGAAUUUAUAGUUUACUAACAUAAUGCCUUAAAUCUCUUCCUCAGUUAAGGAACCCAAGGGCGCAAGAGUUCUCAGUGUUACCAUGCGAGGGGCGAGGACUCAUUUCUUUCCUUUAGUAUGAAUAGAUUAUUUCCCUCUAUAUUUUGAAAUUUGCAGGGUGAGAAUGAAAGUGUUAGAAAUUGCAACACUGCAGGUGACUAGUCUUGUCAGACUUAGAUGCAGAGCCUAAAGGAAAGCAGCUCUGAAACAAAGUGAUGUAUUGUUUGAGAUCCUCUGGCUACACUGGGAGAAGGCCAUUUUAUUGUUACUGGUCUGCUCCCAUGUGUUGGCAUAAGGACAAAAGUGAUGUCUUGCUGAAGGAACUCGAGUGGGACGGUAGCUUUCCAGAUGCUAAGCUGUGUGUUCAUUUAUAUUGUAUUUUUAAUAUCUGACCAGACUAGGGCACAGAUCUCUGAGAAGUGUUUAUAAGUAGGCACUGCUUAUACAGUAGCUGUAUUUCUUUGGAAGUAUUGGCAUUGUCUUGUGUAGGAGACGGCUAAAAGUAGUUUGUGUGACGACAGAUUUCUCUAGGAGGUGAUUCAGAAUAUCAAACUGAAGGGCACACCUUUUUUAUUGAUUAUAGAAUGUAGAUGCCUUAAGUUAUGCUGUGUGAAUGUUUCCUUGUGCUUGCUCCCUCCUCUUGAUUUCCAUGGAGAGCUAGAAGACUGUCUAAAAUUUCUUUUGAACCCUCAGAGUAAGACCAGCAGCUGUAAGCCUAAAAAAAGGCAUCAUAAUCCAUGUGGAGCAAUUGGACUGCAAGAAAGAGUAAAAUCUAGAUGCUUUUGGAUGCAAGUCUCUUGUCUGCAAACCAAAAACAGGGCAAAAGAAUUACCAAAAACAAGCUGACCUAUCAAUGUGGGACUUAACAAAGAAGACAAAGCUGGCUGAUACCACCAUCUCCUGCUCCUCAUAUCUGAUCAUCUUCUUCAGUUGCUUACCUGAUGCUGGAGGAACAUGUCUAUACUUCUGUAUAUGUAAGAACACAUUCCUGGGGGGAAAAUGAAGCUUGAUGUUGUGCGGAUUUUUUUCUUUGAUGUGAAACAUUUGGUGGAAAAUUAAGUGUAUUAGAUUAAAUAAAUGUGUAUUUAGAAGUGGUUAAAAA